AUGACGUGGAAUUCAAGUUGUAGUAUUGCAUCCGAUGAUGAGAAUUCUCGACAUAGUUUCCUAUCGGACUGUGAUUCGGAAUUCGAUUUACGACCACCACCUCGAUAUCCAGCGGAAAAACGAUCAUACUCAACAUUAAAGAAGCAAUCCAUCAAUCGUAUUGAACCACCAAUGACACGAUCAAGAGCAAAAGCGAUCGGACAGACAUUAGCUACAUCGGAAUCAUUGCCGAAACAAAGACGUCAAUCAACAUUACGACGUAGUAUGGAUGCAUUUACUGGAAUGGCUACAACAUUAACAAAUAGUUUGAAUAAUAAUUCAAUUCUAUUUUCAAAACAAGAUACAACAAUAUCAUCUAAUGAGAGAACAUUUAAUCCCCCAUUGGAUGGUGUGAAUAUAUUAGCUGAUAGAUUUGAAAGUUGUAGUUUAGAUGAAGGAAAAUUAAAUAAAAAUUGUUCGUGGCCAAGUCGUGAGACAAAUAGCCAUUAUAGACUCCCAAUAACUUCACCAUACCAAAUAAAUACAUUUGGUGAUAGUGGACUUUCAACAUUUAGUAAUUCUUCAUUAUUUGCUCAAUCUUCGACACCGAUGAUGUUUCGUCAACAUCAAGCUCAAUUAUGGUCACGUUUUCGUUUUGCUGCUUCAACGUUGCGUAAUAAUUUAUGGCUCGAACAAACAGAUUUAACUCUACAACAAGUUCCAUCAAAUGUAUUCUCAACUAAUUUUAACAAUAAUAAUAAUCUAUUUAAUCUAAAUAAUCAAUCAUCAAUGUUAUUAUCUCCACAAACCGUACCGACUAGAUUGGUGAAUUCACAAAAUAAAUUUUCGUCAUCAUUAGGCGAAGACAACUGUUCAUCUUCAAUUUUUCGACAACGUAAAAUACCGUCAACCAAUGAUUCUCUACCGUCAACCAUAACAAACGAAAAUUUUAUAAUUCAACAAUCAUCAAUAUCAAAAAUUUUCUUUACAUUAAUAAUCUUUGCCAUUGGUAUUGUGCUUGGUUAUUUAUUAACAAAUACAUUUCCACCUAGUCUUGUUUGGGAAAUAUGUGUUAAAUAUUUCGAUAUCUUCUGUGUUUAUCUCCAAAAUCUAAUGAAAUACUUUGUAUCUCUUCGAUCAAGUUAA